AAAAGAUGAGGAAAUCUUCUAGUGUCACAAGUCACAAAUCCCCCCACCCCCUGUGCACUUUCUCCCGGCGGCGCCGCCGUUGGAGACCACAUACUCCUGCACCGCCUCCGUCUUCCAGUCGACUCGCAGAGGCACCACCAGCCACCAGCGCGGGCGCGGAAAGGAGACGCCGCAAUCGCAGGCUCUUGGGCUGUAGUUGGGCACACGAGUUCCAUGGACGCCGCAAUUUGAAUCUGAGAUGGAGCGGCCCCUCGCCGACGGGGCUCCUCUUCCACCAAGCAUCCUCCUCAACCUGCAGAUCUACACCGCCACAACCCGCAGCGAGCGCAACGCCACCACCGCCUCCUGCAGGACCGGCGACGGCGCGCACGACGUCCAGGUCACCCUGUGCGCCGCAGCCCCGCCUCGAGUCUCAUGCCUCCAGGUCUACUGCUCUGGCCCCGCGCUCGCGCCCGCCUCCGCGCCCUUUAUCAUCGCCACCGAGGCUGACGUCAUCCUCCUCGCCGUCCCCGUCAGCAGCUCACGGUACGACUAUUUCGUGUACAAAUUGGGACAAGUAGGUGAGGAGGGCGCGUCGUCUCUGGAGCUGCUCUCGGACUCGGACGCUGUCCCCGACUCCCUCUCGCUCGACGACACGCACGUCGGUAUCCUGCGAAGCCGCCGCGACGACUUUUACCUGGUCGCCGCACUCUGCUACACUACCUUGCCCGGUAAGUACGAACUGUAUACCUACAACUCCAUCACCAGGAAAUGGAUCCAGAAGCCGCCCUUGUUCAACCAACGACCAGAGCACGCCGACAGCUACCACGUCAACCAUACUGUGAUCACCAUCGGUGGACAAGCUGGCACCAUGGGCUGGGUUGACCUCUGGCAGGGUAUCCUUCUAUGCGACGUGCUCCGAGAGGACUCUCGACUCUGCUACAUCCCGCUUCCACCGCCACUGCUGUCAAGCAGGGUGCUCGAAGGCUGCCCGAGGAACGCCAGGGACAUUGUGGUUGUUGAUGGCCGCAUCAGAUACGUCGAGCUGCAGAUUCGUACCAAGCCAGGUUCCGCCAAAGGAGGCGGCUACAUUGCUGAUGGCUGGACCAUUGCUGUAUGGAGCAGGAGUGCUGCUGAUCCCCCCGACAUGUAUUGUUGGCACCAGGACUACAUACUCCAGGCUUCUCAGAUCUCUGUCGCAAACCAACUUGCAAACUCUGAUUUGCUCCCUGUGCUUCCAGACAGCCAAGGCACAGUCCAGUCUAUCUUGGAGAGACUGCACACAGGUCAUCCCACACUCAGCUUGCACGAUGACCAAGUUGUUUACCUCAUGACCAAGGUCGACCACCGGGAUGACAAGGCGUGGGUGCUUGCUGUUGAUAUGAGGAACAAGACACUGCAAGGAGUUGCUGAGUUCACCGCCGAUAGAGUCCCGGGAUUCAGUUUCACUUAUACACACUGUAUGAUCUCCCAGCAUAUGGCUUCAGGUGAACCCUGAUGGAAGCUGGAAUCAUUGUGCAAGAAGGUAUGUAGACCCAACCCGGGCAUGGAGAGCAGCAGGAUGCUCAGACUUGAAUACGCUGCGCAGGGGACAUGCUCAAGUGUUUGGAAAGAAAAAAGCGAAGGACCUGCUGGUACUGUGGCGUUGUGUAAUAAGAUAGCUACCAAUAGGUUAUGGUUUGGUAUUGAGGAUUUACAUGGAUAUUUAAACUUUACUCAGAUGCUGUUUCAUCUGUACUGAUUUAUGUUGGUUGUAGAGUGUAUUUUCUCUUC